CCUCACUUGCAUGCACUUUCUCUCUGUCUCUCAAAAAAGAAAAAAAAUUCCUCAACUGAUCGCCCACAUUUCACAGGCUUUCUGCUCACCCUGAGGUACCGGCCAGUGGAGGUGAUGGCGUUUUUACCCACACGCGGGUGCCCCUUCCUGACCCACCCGAAUCUGUAUUCACGCUCCUUCUUUUUCUCUUCCUGUUCCGGACCUGAGCCCUGACUCUUGGUCACUUAAAUUAACUUGCAUCAAUUUCUGUCAUUCGAUCUGAAGAUCAUGACUCAUAUUCUUCCGUCCAUUUACAUCGCCGGGGGACCAAAGACGGCGUUCUGAUUUCAUGGAACUCGCUGUGUGAGGUUCUGAAGGGGAUAAUAGAAAUAGGCCUCGUGGACGGCUUUCCUGAGUGUUGGACCUAAGACACUUCUACUGUGCAAGCUUAAAAAUAAAAAUUGAGAAACUUGACCAUGGCCAUGAGCUUCCCUAGCCACCCCCCCCGCCCCGGUUUUCCUGGAUACUCCCAGACAUGUGGGAACAAAGCAGUUCGGUUUCUGAGAAUUAAUGGGGUAGAGGCCGGGCUGGAUGGUGGUGAAGAACACGAAGUCUUGAGUCUAGUGGCUUGGAUUGGAAUGCCGAGAGGACCGUCUAUUAACUCUGUGACCCAAAGCAAGCAUUUAACUUGUCUGUGUCUCAGAUUAUUCAUCUGUACGGUGGAAACAAGCCUUCCAGCGGUCCCUACUUCCCUCGGCUGUCAUACGGAUUAAAUGAGAUCAUGCCUUUUAAGCCUCGCGGGUGGUGAUCCCUCAAUAUGUGGUAGCCGUUACGCUGUCUUCCAGCAUCUUCUCCUCCCUCGUCCUGGACCUGCCGGGCAUUUGGGCAGCACUCCACGUCUGUCAGGGGUCACACCAGAGCCUUUAGAUUUCAACCGUCGCAUCAACGCCGUGGAUGUCCCCUGGUGCCUCCGGGGCUCCGAGCGUGGGUCUGGUAGACAGGUAGACAGCGUUGCCCUCUGUCAUUGCUUUGGGGACAGUGACGUUUGCAGGUGACAGGGGUACAGAUGCUGUAGAAGCAGGACUCCGUGUGCCUGUAAGGAAGGAGGGCAGCGUCUUGAUUUUCUUCUCCAAAAAAAGUAAAAGUGGCUGCUUUCCUACGGAGGGAACAACCUUUUUCCCAGUGAAGUGAACAACUCACUAGUCUGUUUCUUCCCACAGCAUCCCUAAAUGUGCUGAGGCCGUUUGUUUGGCCAGAUGGUUUUUGGGCCCCUGCUGAAAUGAGAGAUGGCCUCGUUUCCUAUUUCCCUCAAAUUCUCCCACAAACCACACUUCUUGGGAGGAAAGGAAAAGUCGCCCCGUAAGCAUGUUUACUUUCAGCUCCCUAGGAAGCGGAGCGUGUCCUCAGACGAUGAGUCACCCCUGCAGGUCUAUAAAAUAAAGGUGCGCGUCUGCGGGCGGCCAGCAGCCUCCGGGCACAGCCGUCAGGAUGCACCGGGCCUUCCUCGCCGCCCUCCUCCUCUGGAGCUGGGCUCGCUGUCGGUCCCUGCCCCUUCCCAGCGAGGGUGACGACGACCUGUCCGAGGAAGACUUCCAGUUGGCAGAGCGCUACCUGAAAUCCUACUACUACCCGAUGAAUCCCGCCGGAAUCCUGAAGAAAGCGGCCACGAGCUCCGUGGCCGACAGGCUCCGAGAAAUGCAAGCCUUUUUUGGCUUAGAGGUCACCGGCAAGCUCGAUGACAGCACCUUAGACAUCAUGAAGAAACCGAGAUGUGGGGUCCCCGAUGUGGGCGAGUACAACGUGUUCCCCCGAACGCUCAAGUGGUCCAAGACGAACUUGACCUACAGGAUUGUGAAUUAUACCCCUGAUCUGACUCAUUCUGAAGUCGAAAAGGCAUUCAAAAAAGCCCUCAAAGUUUGGUCUGAUGUGACACCACUGAACUUCACCAGACUCCAUGACGGCACUGCCGACAUCAUGAUCUCUUUUGGAACUAAAGAGCAUGGCGACUUCUACCCAUUUGAUGGACCCUCUGGUCUGCUGGCUCAUGCUUUUCCUCCUGGGCCAAAUUAUGGAGGCGACGCCCAUUUUGAUGAUGACGAAACAUGGACGAGUACUUCCAAAGGUUACAACUUGUUUCUUGUCGCUGCCCACGAGUUUGGCCACUCCUUAGGUCUCGACCACUCCAAGGACCCAGGAGCGCUCAUGUUUCCCAUCUACACCUACACUGGCCAAAGCCACUUCAUGCUUCCUGAUGACGACGUACAAGGGAUCCAGUCUCUCUAUGGCCCGGGAGAUGAGGACCCCAACCCGAAACAUCCCAAAACGCCCGACAAAUGUGACCCGUCCCUGACCCUCGACGCCAUCACCAGUCUCCGAGGAGAGACCAUGAUCUUUAAAGACAGAUUCUUCUGGCGCCUGCACCCCCAGCAGGUGGACGCAGAGCUGUUUUUAACAAAAUCCUUUUGGCCGGAACUUCCCAACCGCAUCGACGCCGCCUACGAGCACCCCUCCCGUGACCUUAUCUUCAUCUUUAGAGGCAGAAAAUUUUGGGCUCUUAAUGGUUAUGACAUUCUGGAAGGUUACCCCAAAAAAAUAUCCGAACUGGGAUUUCCAAAAGAUGUUAAAAAGAUAAGUGCUGCUGUCCACUUUGAGGACACAGGGAAGACGCUCUUCUUCUCGGGAAACCAGGUCUGGAGCUAUGAUGACAGCAACCACGCCAUGGAUCAGGGCUCCCCCAGGCUGAUCGAAGAGCACUUUCCAGGGAUUGGUGAUAAAGUGGACGCCGUCUACGAGAAAAACGGUUACAUCUAUUUUUUCAACGGGCCCAUCCAGUUUGAAUACAGCAUCUGGAGUAACCGUAUUGUUCGCGUCCUGCCAGCAAAUUCCCUGUUGUGGUGUUAAAUACUGUUGUUAUUUAAAUCCUGGAGAGCAUUUGAGAUCACACUUCCAGUGAUACUGGGUGUGGGGGGACGACGGGGUGUCAGGGGAAAGCUUCGUUCCGUGAACAAGCAUCAGUAACUUAUCUUUGAAUGGGUGGGAUGUGUAUAGCUAGACGUGGCUGGAACCACAGUGAAUCUUAAAGCGAUGGAACGGAUCCUCUGUAAGGAUCGCCUCAUUGUUGCGCACCGCAGAAGUCGUACUCAACGGUGCUUCCCGCAGCAGAAAUGGGACAUAUGGGGUGUCAGAGACAGUUAGCAUCAUUUUUUAAAAUAUAUUUAUAAGGAAACUUUGCAAAAGUAUAGAAGUAAAUCAUAGUUACGUAAUUAAUGAAUCAUCUUUAUGAAAAAGCAUCAAAGAGUAGGAAAGUGGAAUUUGCCAGGAGCGUAAGGCACCAAGAAAAGACAAAAACCAGAGGGAACUAUCUGCCAUAAAGAUUCUGUAGGGCAACUUUCCAAAGAAGCCAUUUUGGGUUUGCACUGGCAACAUCUGAAUGUACAUGGCCCCAUUCAUGACACUAGGACGUAUCAAAGUCACUCAAGAGGAGAGACAGAGGCCAAGGCUAAGGAUAAUACAUGUGCCUGUGGUUCUGUUUAAUUUUCCCUUUGACCGUGAUUCCAGAGCUACUGUCAAAGAAGGCGUUUUUUGCCUGUUAUAGAAGAUAAAGAGAGACAGUUUCUCUUUGUAUCGAAACAUUUCAGGUCUCUCAAAAAUAUCAGAGCAUUAAAAUUCUUAUCACGAUGAUCUAAGGCCAUGGUAUCACUCUUUCAUAACUCAUCUGAUUAAGACUCAAAGUCGUAUUUUAGCCCUAUUUCGCCCAGAUAAUUGUUUUAAUUGUCCAGUUUACCUUGGAUACACAGGCUAUGUUCCGAAGAUAGAGACUCGAACAUAUCUUAUAAACUGGAAGUAUGCUAAAACGGACACAUCCAAAAUAAAAGCAUUCUGCAUUCACCACGACCGCAGUCUUCUUGAGGGUGUGAACUAGCUUUCUCUCUCCUUCGUUCCCAUUCCUGUGAUCCCUCAGCACGUUGCCCUGCCCGGCACAGAGUUCACACUGAAUAUAGGAAUGACCACCGAGGGAGGAACAUCUUGUUCACAGAAGUUCAGGCAAAGAAAAUAAAGUGUAUUAUAUUUGCAGAAUGUGUUAGGAAGCGUCUAUGUUGUUUCUAAUAAAAAACAUGUUUUGAACAGA